GAUGUCAAAAAAAAAAAAGGAAAUGAUGUUGUUCAGAUCUCGUUGCAGCUUGUGAUUUUCCAACAACUGGACAUGACAGACUCUCAGGCAUGAUGCUAAGUGCACCUUUGAAUUGCCCACCAGAUCAAAAUUGCAAAUAUUUGUUGAAUUCUUUUUUUUUUUAAUUUAUUCAUUCGAGAGAGAGAGAACAUAAGCAGGGUGAGCAGCAGAGGGAAAGGUAGAAACUGACUCUUCGCUGGGCAGGGAAGCCAAUGCAGGGCUCCACCUCAGAACACUGGGAUUGUGACCUGAGCCCUUUGCAGGUCUAGACUGCAGCCACCCAGGCGCCCCUGUUUGUUGAACUUUUAUUUUGCACCAGGCAUAGUUGCAAGUGCCUUGCCUGCUCAACUAACUUCAUGUUCACGACAGAAUUAUUUUCAUCCCCACUUUAUAGAUUUGAAAACAAAGGCAUAGAAAGGUGAAAUUAUGUACCCAAGUCACAUAGCUUGGAAGCUGUUCUCCUAACUGCUAGACAUCACUCUCUCUACUGCUGCGUGGUCUGUUGAAUGAAAACACAGUAAUUUAUCCAUCUGUUCUCCUAUUUAAGGGGCAUUGCUUAUUUUUGCACACUUGCCUCAACAUGGGCUCAGAGGGUUUGGAGGUGGUUGUAUUAUCUUGCUUGGUUCCUACAUGAAGCUGUGAGUAGAUAUUUGUGCCAUCCCCCUACAUCCUUCAGAGAUGAGGAAACUAAGACUCAGGUUGAAUCACAUUCUCAAAACAGCACAGCUCCAACGGGCCAGAGAUGGGCUGUGAACCUGGAUUCCUAUAAUUCCAGAGCCCAGAGGCUCUCCCAUGUCCCACAUGAGCCCUGGGUUUCCCAUCAGCUUUGCCUCUUGGCUCUGCACCUGGCAGCCUGCCCUCCCUCCCCCAGAACACCCUCCUGGUAACAGGAUUUUGGUCUCCCCUCCCCUGGCCAUUCUCCCUUGUUGUUCUCCUUUCAGAGAAGGGGCCCAACCGGAAGGCCAGUUCGUGUUAGGAAAUUCCAGCCACGUGAGCCAACCCGAGCCAGGGAUUCUGAGCAGCCAGUGGCUUUAGAAGAAACUGAAACUGGGUUUGCUGGGGGCGGAGUGGUCACCAGGGAUUUAAAAGAGCUGCCACUUCCUUGGGCCCCCAGAGGGCAUUGGGAGGUCACAGUGACAGAGGGAUACCUGAAUCAAGCCUCUGCCCACACCCUGCCUGAGCCAUGCACCUCUGCAGGGACAAUGAGCUUCUGCCCAGGACAGACCCUGAGGAGCAUCAGAGGCUGAAGAAGAAACAAAAGAACCGCGCAGCCGCCCAGCGCAGCCGGCAGAAGCACACAGACAAGGCAGAUGCCCUGCACCAGCACGAGACACUGGAGAAACACAACCAUGUGCUGCGGAAGGAGAUCCAGGCCCUGCAGACGGAGCUGCUGUGGUGGAGCCGGACCCUGCAUGCCCAUGAGUGCCGGUGCCGGAUGGACUGUGCCACCUGGUUGGCUCCAGUGACCCCUGGCCGCUGGGCCCAGACCCAACAGCCCCCGGACCCUGUGCCCCACGGACAACAUGGCUGCCAGGAGCAGCUGGGCCUGUUUCAGACCCCAGUCUCUUCUCCCUUGGCUCACCGGCUCUCUCCAGACCCACAGCCUCAUAGUUCACCUAGCCUCCCCCUGUCCCCUUUGCCCUCUCUGUCACUUAGCUCCACUGAGCUCACCGCACCUCCUGCCCAACUGUCCCCUAGCCCCAUCCAGUCAGCCUCACCCAUUGGCUCCAGCCUGCUGAGGCCUUCCUGCAAUCUCGACACUCUACUGCCCAGCCCCUCAGCCCAACCCUCCCCUCUACAGCCCCCUGUGAUGGAGCACCCCACCAGAGGGAAGCUGGGCCCUGACAGCCUCUCAGCUGCCCUGGGGCUGGCCUGCCUGGAGGGUGGGGAGCACAAACCAGCGUUAUUGGCAGCAGACCAACAAGGGCUGGGUGUGGAUCCCAGCCCCCACCUACUCUUGGCCUUCCCCCUGCUCUCCUCUGCUCAAGUCCACUUCUAAGGCAUCCCUGGGAGCUGAGCUAGCCCCUUCCUUGGGCUGAAGUGGCAGCCUCAGCACACAGGCAUCUCCUCCCUUACCAUUGGCAGUUGCCUUUCUUGGCUGACCAGCUGACCCGGCAUUUCACCAGGAAAAGAAAGUCAUCGCUGCUGCCCAGCACUCUACCAGGCCCUGUCACAGCCAUUAUCUUAUUUUGACUUCAUGGUCAUUCAAAAUCCGGAUUAUCACUCUACUUUUUAGAUAAAGGAGACAGUGGCCAGAGAAGCCAUGUGACGUGCCCAAGGUCACACAGCCUUUUUUUGGACCUGAAAUACUACCAUCUCCUCCUCCUCCUGGUGGGAUACCCUAGGAGUAUCUCCUGGUCUAGGCACCCUGGGAGUUGAAGUCCUAGAAAUUGGGGGCUGGUGUGAGAAGGUUUAAGUGCUGGGCAUGGGGAGGAGCUUUUUCUUCUGGUUUGUGAUUCCCAGGGCCACAGAGCCCUGCAGUUCCUGAAACCUCGCCCUAGCUGGGGCUAGUCCAGAGUUCAAGCCUGGGUGGGGAGAGGCCAAUCAGGAGCCCAGAAGUGGACUCUUUCUUCCCUAGCAGUGCUUUCAGUGCCAAGGAACUGAACCUGUGGGUUGGAUUUGCAGAGAAGCCUGGAACAGUCUCCCCAGGGAUUUCUGCAGGAGAGGCACCCAUAGCCAUACCAAGACCUCUGGGAGAUUCUCCAGGGUCAGCUCUGAGGGCUAUUCCCAAAGAGCCCCCUCCUUCUCCCAGGCUAGAGGUCAGCAGCAGUAUCUGGUGGGGUGGGGGCAUGGGGGACUGAGUUCUAUAUAAGGGACCAGAGAUGAGAAACUCCAGUUCAUCACCCAGAUUUUCAUACACCUGUAAACAAACACUAUGCUAGUAUUUGAUACACUCCAGGAUGCUGAGGACACGUCUCAGCACACAUGUUAUAGCAAAUAAAGUGUUUUCCAAUUCUU